AUGGACUUCAAUGUGACGAGCUGCUGCUCGAUGGGGGCACGGGGGGGACGCGUCGGAGGGCGGCUUCCCCAGCAGGGGCACUCCUGCGCCGCCGGCCAAGACAUGCCCGACCUGACUCUGGCAUGGCCUGGCCUUGCCCCCGUCGAACCCGCCCACGCGGCAGUGGGGCGCGGGGCGCACGAGUCGGAGGCCCCAGCUGCGGAGGUUGAUCCAGAGGUCCCCUGCGCGGAGCCCCCGAAGGGCCCCGCCCGCAGCUUGGCCCGCCAGGCCGUCACUGGGCGGGGCCGCUGCGGGCACACGAGUUUCAAAGUUUUGAGUGCGCGUGUGUAUAUAGCUUAG